AUGUCUUUUCAACCAGCUAUACGAGCACGUAUUCCCUUUAAUCUUUCAACAAACAAUACCAUUGAUAAACACACACAUGCAUAUACAAUAUGGCUCAAUACUUUAUUUACACCUGUAGAAUUUAUAUGUAAUACAUCUGUAAAUCAAACCAUAUCAAAUGAAGAAACAACAACAACAACAAAAACAUUUAAAUCUUUAGCUGAAUCAAAUCGUUGGUAUACAUUACGUGAUCAUGCUCGAGAAAUCUUUAUACAUGAUAUACAAAGCAUAGCUAUAAAAAUCAGUACUGAUAUUGAUAUUAAUCAUUGUCGAAUAAAUCCUAAAUGUGAUUUAAAUUUUUCUGCAAGAACAGUUAGUCGACAAGCAUUAUUAAAUUUCAUAUCAUCAUAUAAUCGAAUAUGGUUUCGUCUUGCAAUGGAAGUUCUUUUUUCAAUAAAUAUUGAAAAUUAUCAACAAAUGAAAUUAACUAUUGAUGAAUAUCUUAUUCAAUCAACUAAUAAUAAUAAUAAUAAUAAUAAUAAUAAUAAAAUUGCUUCAGUACAAAUUCGUUCAACAAUUAAAAAUUUACUAAUAAUUAUUAUUUUUCUUGAACGUGCAAAAUUAUUACGUUUAAUUGAUAAUGAUCCAUGUUUAUAUAAUUAUGAUUCAAAAAUUAAAUCAACAAAAGAAUCUAUUGAUAUUUUAUCACGUGAUUUUAUUAGUUCAGAUACAAAUCUUUUACGUCGUCUUAAAUUAGCUGGAUAUGAACCAAUAUAUAGACAAAGAUCACUUGAUGAAUUUAAUUAUUUAUUAACAAAUAAUGAAAAUAAUUUAUUUGAAGAUUUAAAAGAUGGUAUUCGUUUAACACGUUGUGCACAAAUAUUAUUAUCAUCAACAAAUGAAUAUGUUGCAACAUAUGAUUUAUCAACUAAAUUAAAAUGUCCAGUAGUUAAUCGUGUUCAUAAAUUACUUAAUAUUGAUCAAGCUUUUGAAUUACUUCAAACAUAUGGACAUGUUAAUUUAACUGAAAUUUCAAGUAGAGAUAUUAUGAAUGGUAACAAACAAUGUACUCUUGAAUUACUUUGGCGUAUAUUUAUUGUUUGUUAUUUAUCUAAAAACUUAUCACCAAUAGAAAAAUUAAAUCAAGAAAUUUUAAUUCUUAAAAAAAAUCUAUUAAAAUAUACAUCUUGUUCUAUUGAACAACAACUUAUUACAAUUGAUAUUGUGCCUUUACAAAAACAACAUAUUAAUAUACCAUCAACUAUUCAUUUAUUAAUUAAAUGGAUACAAUUAAUUUGUGCACAUUAUAAAUUUUGGUUAUAUGAUUUACAAGAAUCAUUUGCUGAUGGUCGUGCAUUAUUAUAUGUUAUUUCAUAUUAUUUACCAUCUUUAUGCGAUUAUAAACGUGAUAUAAAACAUUUCACAACAUUAGAAACAUGUCAAACACGUCAGGAACAUAUAAAAUUUAAUCUUGAACUUGGACAACAACAAUUAAUAAAUAUUUAUGAACGAAAUGUUAAAUUAAAUUUUCAUUUAUUAGAAGAGUGUAUUAAACAAUUUGGUACAUUUUCAACGGAUUUUAUUAAAUAUGAAUAUUAUGCAAAAGAUGUACCUGAUGAAAGAUGUACAAUUAUUAUUUUAGCUAUGUUUGCAUAUGAUUUAAUUUUUUCAAAUAAUAAUAAUAAUAAUAAUCGAAAUGAUUUUCGUCAUCAACAAAUAUUUAAAGAAUUAAAAGAAAAAUAUUUUAAUGAUAAUGAAUCAUUAAAUGAAAUAAAAAAUAAAGAGUUAAUUAAUAAUCAAUUAAUAAAUCAACAAGAAAUUCAAAUCAAUCAAGAGAAUUUAAUUAAUUCUUCGGACAAUUCUAUAUCAAUUAAUAUACAUCUUAAAGAAAAAUUAAAUCUUCAAUUUUCAACAUCUUCUACAACAAUUCUUUAUCCAAAUAAAGAUAUCUAUUCUAUUCCUAUAAUUCAAUCUGAACCAAUACCAUUACGAGUACUUUCACAAUCAGUUUUAAAUACAAUGAAUUAUGAUAUUCUUGAUCGUAUUGAAUUAUUGUCGGAAUUAGAUGAUAGUGAUGAGGAUGAUGAUGAAAAUUCAUUUGAUUCAAUAACAAAUAUACAUCAUCAACGAAUAUCACUUGCAGCAACAAUAUCAUUAAAUGACUUUGUUGAAUUAGAAAAAACAAUUGAAAAUGAAGAAAAUAAAAAUCCUUCGAAUAGUGCAUCUUUAUUUCUUAUUGAUGAAAUAAUUUCAUCUGAAAUUGAUAAUGUUGAUUUAAAUAAAUUAGAUGAAAUAUCUUUUAUUGAUCCAGUUAAUAGAAAAAUGAUUAAAGAAAUAUUUAUAUCGUUUUUAUCUCAUCAACAACAACAAACAUGUAAAAAUGAAAAAUCAAUUGAUUAUAAUAGUCAAUCUAUUAGACAAAUAUCGAAUGAAAAACAAUCAGAAACAGAACGUGAAAUUUAUGCUGCGCAAGUUUUUCAAGCUCAUUGGCGUGGACAUCAAGUUCGUGUUGAUAAUGAACGUAAUAAUCAUCCCGUCGUUGCUAUUCUUAAAAAAUUUCGUUCAUAUAAUUCAAAAAAUAAUUCAUCAUUAACAUUACAUGAACGUAUAAUACAAAUUGUACAAGAAUAUUGUGAGUUAUCAGCAUCUUCUCUUACUGUUUAUUUACAUUUUAUACGUGAUAUAGAACCAAUUAUAAAUUAUUGUAUUGAAAUACGUUAUUUAAUAGCUCAACACGGUUUAUUACGUUUAUUUUUUCUUUUAAUGAGAUGUUGUAAUCGAAGUGGACGAUUAACUGUUUUACUUCGUAAAGUAUUAAAUAUUUUACAAUUAUUUACUGUUAAACAUAAUCUUAUUAUGAAAUUAAUUGAUAAAUCAGAACAAAUAAAAGAUUUUAUUAUGCUUUUAUUAAAAUAUUAUCAAAAAACUGAUUGUGAAUUAUUUGAACAAAUUUGCUUUUUACUUCAAACUAUUGUAAAUGAUGAACAUGCUCGAAAAAUAUUACAAUCAAAUAACUCAUUUACUGGAACUAUUCAAUAUAUUUAUAAACGUUUAUUUAAUAAAACAUUAGUUAAAAAUAAAAAAUCUCGACAACAAAUACGAUCAACACCAAAAUCAUCACAUGAAUCAAUAAAACAUCGAGUAACUGUAUUAAAUCAAUCAUCCAUUCUUUAUCCGACCCCGAAAAUAAUGCAUCGAUCAAUUAAUAUUCAAAAUGAAAAUAUUUUAAAACGAAAUCUUAUUUCAAUUGAACAAUUUAUGAAAAUUUUUUAUCGUCAUUAA